CUGUGUUCACAGAGCAGCACAUCUCUCACAUGGCAUCCUGGCUGAAAGGUACAGUGUAACUCCAGGGAGAGCAGAUGAUGUGUGAAAGUGCAGCUUUUCACUUAGUUGGUGUGUUGACUGUUAUCUAUAUCAGCUGCAGGCAGGACUUUUUUUCUUCUUCUUCUUCUUCUUCUUCUCGUUUCUCGCUCUGAGCCUCUUUGGAAAGUGGAGAGUAACACUUGCAGCAAACUUUUGCAACCUCGCUGAAACGACAUGAUGCGCACGAUUUUAACACCGACACUGAUGGUGGCUUCAGCAGCGGCUCAUUACUCACAUCAGUAACCCGAGCACAAGCAAGAUGAAGAUGAACAUAAGGACACAGGAAUUACACUGGGGCCUCCUCCUUCUGUGUAUAAUGAGCCUCUGCAUCCAGCUAGUGUCCAGUGGCAACCAAAGCUCCAGAGGAAAGACAGGGUCAUCACAGGAGAGGACAGGGACUUGUGAAGUGGUUGCUGCUCAUCGCUGCUGCAACAAGAACAAGAUUGAAGAACGCUCUCAAACUGUCAAGUGCUCCUGCUUCCCAGGACAGGUAGCAGGGACAACAAGGGCUCUGCCCUCUUGUGUUGAAGCCUCCAUUGUGCGACAGAAAUGGUGGUGUAAAAUGAAGCCGUGUCUGGAAGGGGAGGAGUGCAGAGUUCUUCCUGACCUCACUGGCUGGUCAUGCAUCUCUGGAAAUAAAGUGAAGACCACAAAGGUGACACGGUAGCAAGACAGAAGCACCAGCGAAUCCGUGCAAGCCCAUCCUGGUCUGCUUCAGUCAACUUAAAUAACACAAGACUUUGAGGAUAGUGAAUUCCCCGUCAGAUAGAGCGCAGAACAAUAUAGAUUUAAUUAGAUAUGGCUCAGCUCUAAACUGCAGAAAAUCAUUAUUUUAAUUUGCUUUGUUUUGGAACAAUUUUGGUUUGUGUUAAUGCCAUGGCCUAGAGAAUCUAUUAGCAAUUGACCUGAGAUAAAAUGAUGCAGCACCUUUUCCAAUCCAAAUGGACAGCUUCUGCAGAAGUCUGUCAUUGUUUUUGUGCUUGAUAUUCUGGGCACAUUGUGAUGCACUCAAUCAAAGUUUGGAUGGGUCUGCUGGCAGACACUUAAAAAGAGAUUUUGUGGAUUUUCAGGAGGCAGAAUGUGAAUCCAGUCAGUGGCCUGUGACUCUAUUUCAACGCAGAAGCCAACAAAUACCGAGAAAUUUAUUAUUAUAUAGCAUUUGUAGACAACCCAGUCCCUUAACUUAGUCUGAGUUUCAUAAGAGGUCAGCUCCCUUUCCACAAAGACGCACUCUCUCAAACACGCCGCACACACUCAUACAUGACUACGCAUCCACAAAGGCUGCUUUUUGACUCCACUGGUUGGACAGGCCACCACCUGCAAGGCUGUGAUGGCAUGCACACAAGCAUGAAGCUCUGAUGCAAAACAAGGACUGUUUGAAAUGCUAAUCAUGGGGAGAAAGGGGAGAGAAAGGAGAAGAAGAGCUUCUCGACUACUGAGAGUCUUUACAUCAUGGUGUUUUUUUUUGUGUGUGUUUGUGCUCCUGUGGAGGGGACUCUGUUUAUAGUAAUGAUGGGAAACACUGACAGUUCUCUGCCUUGAAGCAAAUCGUAGCCACUAACAUAAUACAAUGUUUACCUUUAUUACCACUUCAUCACUUGUCCUUUUUAUAUGAAUAAUAUUCCUUCUGGACCCACGUUGAUUGCCUCUCUUUUAUCUCCUGAGUUCAGGCAGACACUUUGCAAUUUACCUUUGCAAUGAGGGGACAUUUUUAUAAAAACAUGCAGCUGCAAAUCAUUCCAACUUAGGCAUCGGAGUUGCAUGAAAAGCAAAACACAGCAAGUGGAAAGCAGCUGAAUUCUAAGCAUUUUUGUCAGCACAAGGCAUUUAUGCAUGAUUUAUGUUUUACAUAUUAUUGUUUUAGUAGUGACAAGAUUCUUGACUCAGAAGACUGCGGCUUAAGGUUUAUACAUUGACUACCUUUGUAACCAUUCAGGUUUAACUGUUCCUUAAUGCUGGCAGUGCUGUGAAUUCACUUUGCAGGAUAGAAUAUGUAGUUCUAAGAUCAAGUAAUGAUACAGUAUUCAAUUAUGCUGGAUAUUUGAGAGGAUUUGUUUUUGUACUGGCUUUGGAUGACAGUAGUAUCACACAGAAUCUUGAGUUCAGAAGUUCAUGCCCUUUGUUUUUCCUUCCUCGGAAAUUGUUUUUGUAGCUCAGAAAAUGUGAAUGCACAGGUUAACAAUGAGGAUGGCAAUAUAGGACUUUACAGUUUUAGAUGGACUACAUUCCAUUCAUACACCUUACACACAAGUUUCAUAGCAAAGCAUCAGACGGCAUGUUUAUGUCAGUCUCAUCAAAGUAUAUAAAGAACCCCACUUUUUUCAGUCUUUGUCAAAUUGCUUUGAUUCUACUGUCUGUCCUAAACUUGCACUUAAAUGUGCCUGAAAUGAAAUCUUGAGAUUCUUCUGAUUUAUGGUCCUGAGGUCAUAACUUGGCUCAUCACUUUAUUUUACGCACUAUAUUUUAGAAAGCCCUUCCUCUAAAUUAGUGAUGCCAUUGAAUGUAAUAUGCUUUUGUUAGUACACAUAAUGGUUAUUCUGAAUAAUGUGAUUAUUAUAAUAAUUUUUAUUUAUUUAUUUUACGAGCGCUGUCGACACCAGUGAAACUACUAUGAUCCAGUAUUUAUCUGUUUAAUGUAUCAGAACAUAUAACUCCAAACAUUCUGUGGUAGUAAACACAAUAUCAUGGGGUUUUGGAGUGUCAGUCAGACAAUAUAUGCAAUCAGAAGCUACUACCUCAGGCAUUAGAACAAAAAUUAUCAUUGCAGUCACAACAGUUUUUAAUAAUUUGCCACUCUUGAUUCUGUUCCGUUUUGACAGCCGACGCUUCUCUCAGUGAUGCAAUCUCUGGGAAUAAACCAACAAAUAUUUAUUUAGUCUCAAACUCUUCAGAAAUAUGGAUCGUGAAUGCUAUCUUGUUAAAGAUGCUUCUCAGUGACUGAUUUAACUCCUCAGGCUUGAACAGAAAAUGAAGUUUAUACAUAGAGAGAUCAUUGCAAGUGAAACUCAGGAGCCGGUUGAGUCCCACGGUGGUCUUUUCACUGUUCUUGCUCAUUGAACCAAAUUGUACUUUUGAAUUCAUAUUAAAACUGAAUUUUUAAAGUUCCACAAUUCCCCGACUGUUCUUGAAGCCUGAAUAUCAGGAGUAUGUGGAAUGAUCAGGAAGAUACAGCCCCCGGAAAUGUUUCUUAUACUCUACACUCUACUGCGCAUUUAGUUUUUCAGAAAAAUAUGGAAAAAUUGAACUGUCAUGAGUUUACACUGUAACAUACUGUUUUUUCACCUAUUGUAUGGUUUUAUUUUGUGAAAUAAGAGAUUUAAAAAAAAAAAAAAUUUCAACAGGAACUAACUUAGUGGAAUAAAAGUUUGAAAUAAAGCACAGCACCUUCUACCCCAGUGGGGUUUAUGUCAACGAUGACAGCGCACAUCCUCAAAUUUGUGCCUAUAUUCCUAAAAUACCAGUA